AUUUUCUGUUUACCCAGUGCCUCCUGGAAAUGAAAUGCAAAACAGCAUCAACUCUGCUCCAAUUACAACUAUGGCAAACAGUGGCCAUAUGGUGAAUAGCAAUUCUCAUGCUCACGAUUCCAGUGAUAUGGAUAUUGAGAUGGAGGAUGUUGACAAGAAUGAUAUGGGGAAAGAGAAUGGCCUUCCUUCCAAAGAAAAGGAUGAUCGUAGUGAAAGACGGCGUGAUAGGCCUUCUAGAUUUGAGCGCACACUAACCCGAUCACCGCAAGUAGGGGAAGACAAAAUAUGUUUGGUUGAGCGGUUGCGUACCCUGGCAUCUGGGGGUGAUAUGGAACCACGGGACAGAUAUGAUCGAGAUAGACAAGAUAGAGAUCAAGAGAGAGGCCGGGAUAUGCAUGAAAGAGAUGACCGUGUUCUUGAGAGAGAUCAUGGCCGUGAUCUGAGGGCACGAGAAAGCAAUCGUUUUGGACCUGAUGCCUUUAAUGGUCCUCCUCCUGGCUUCCUCCUCAGCAAGGAAGACCUGAAGGUCCUCCUGUUUUUGCCCAACAAGGAAGACCUGAUGUCCCACCCAACUUUUCCCAACAAGCAAGACCUGAUGGUCCUCCCAACUUUCCGCAGCAAGGAAGACCUAUGGUCCUCCUAGCUUUCCCAGCAAGGA